AUGUCGAGCCAGCGGUUGCCGUGCCUGCUUCUAGCACUGCUGCUUUGCCACGAUACAUUCACUGCCUGCCCUUGGACCUUCGCAGUUUCGGCCCCGCCUUCGGCGAUUCGAGCGAGGGCCAAAUCCAGAGCUUUGACAGUCCGCAUCAUGAAUGCUGGCUCGGCCUUGCACGUCUUGGACAUCAUUUCGUCUGAGCACAGCAACCCGAACUGGAACUUGAUCUCGCUGUCAGCAGCCUGGAGCAGGCUCGUGAGAGUGCAGCACAGCAUCAACGAACACACCAAGCGUCACCCGUGUCUGCCGCAGCUGCCGAAGCUGACGAAGCAAUUGCUUGAGAAAACGCCUAGGCUCCCGUCGCGCGCAGUGACCAACAUGCUGUGGGCGACGACCAAGUUGGAAAGUGCAAUGCCUUUUCCAGGGCUAUGGGCAACCUUGGCAGAUGCGGUCAAGCGCUCCGAGAAGCCAAUGACCGCCAGAUCGGUGGCCAGCGUGUUUUUGGCCAUGGCAGCCACGAACGACGCAGAUAUCGAGAUAUUGAUGGGCUUGCUGAAAAUCAUGGCUGGCAGACUUGCUGCGGUGGUCUUAGAUAUGAAUGCCCAGGAGGUUGCCAACAUGAUUUGGUCAGUGGCAAGGCUGGCCACAAAGGAUUUCGAUUCUGAAGCAUUGAUGAGCCCACUGGCCCUGUUGAUGGGCAGAGUUCCACAUGUGGUAUCAGCCAUGAACGCCCAGGAGGUCGCCAACUUUCUGGAAUUUGCACCGAUUCUGCAGUCUUCUCAGACAGUUUGGCAUCAUUGGCUAGACAAGUUCCAGUUGUGA